AUGGCUGACGAAAAGCGCGAAAAGCAAGCUACCCUGGGGUAUGUUAAGGACGGACAGCAGACUAUCGGGAGGUUCUUCGGUUCCAAUGCCAAUCAACCACCGAAGAAACAGACUACAUUAGCUUUUGGCGGGAAAAGACAGCGAGAAAGUAGUGGUGCUGCCGACGCAGAGAUCAAGGAAACUACAGAGGAUGUUAAAACGGAAGUCAAACCCGAUGCCGACACAGCAGAAGCUCCUGUUUCCAACGGUGCCUCUCCCACAAAACGCAUAAAGCGAGAAAAGAGCGCCGAGGCGGAUGAAAGCGACGGAUCUGAUAUUCAGCCUGUUUCUAAGCGCCGAAGGAAGGCGUCGGCCGAAUCAUCGCCAUCUGUUAAGAAGCAAACACCUUCCCCGAAAAAGCCAACGGCUACGAAGCCCAAGGUUGAAUCGCCAUCACCAAUGCCGGCUGCGAAGAAGACCCAAGAAGUAAAAUUUGAGGAAAAGUCGCCAUCGCCAGAGGAGGAAAAAGAACUAUCAGAGAGCGAGGAAGAGGAAGACCUUGAACCUGAGGCCAAGAAGAAGUCGAUCGAGAAGUUCCAGGCCAAACUAAAAGGAUCUGGUAAAGACCCAUACCCGGACUGGAAAGCAGGUGAUCCUGUACCGUACGCUGCGCUAUGCACUACCUUCUCCUUGAUUGAAAUGACUAGAAAGCGUCUGGAGAUCACAGACCACUGUUCCCUCUUCCUUCGACAAGUUCUACGUCUAACCCCUGCCGAUUUCCUCCCUACUGUCCAACUCAUGAUCAACAAAUUGGCCGCAGAUUACGCGGGAAUUGAACUCGGCAUUGGAGAGUCACUGAUUAUGAAGGCCAUUGGCGAAUGUACUGGCCGCAGCCUUGCUAUAAUUAAAGCCGACCAGCGGGAAAUUGGAGACCUGGGACUGGUAGCUGCUAAAAGCAGGUCGAACCAGCCUACCAUGUUCAAGCCCAAAGCUUUGACUGUUCGGGGUGUCCAUGCAGGCUUAUUAGGAAUCGCCCAGGUCCAGGGCCAUGGAUCCCAGGAUAAGAAGAUUUCAGGAAUCAAGAAACUGCUGUCUGCGGCAGACGCCGACGCUACUGGCAAGGGAGGCAAGGGCAUCGACAUCACUGAGAACAAAGGCGGACCAAGCGAAGCCAAGUUCAUUGUUCGCUUCCUGGAAGGAAAGUUGAGAUUGGGACUUGCAGAAAAGACAGUACUUGUUGCUGUCUCUCGUGCAGUUCUGGCCCACGAGGCCGAAUCAAGCGGUAAUAAGAUGCCGUCGACGGAGCAGAUGGUGGCGGGAGAAAAUAUAUUCAAGUCCGUCUACAGCGAGCUGCCGGCUUAUGAAGUCAUUAUUCCUGCAAUGCUUGAGCACGGUCUCUCUAAGCUCCCUGAAAUCUGCAAACUCCAGCCCGGAAUCCCUAUCAAGCCCAUGCUUGCCAAACCAACCAAGUCUAUUACUGAAGUCCUCGACCGAUUUGAAGGCAAAGAGUUCACAUGCGAAUAUAAGUAUGACGGAGAAAGAGCCCAGAUCCAUUUUGUGUCGCCUGAUGCGAUCGACCAAUUCCCUGGAGCUUUGGCCACAUUACAGAAAGACAACAAGGGACUUUCUUCAAUCUUCUCCCGCAAUUCGGAAGAUCUUUCGAAGAAAUAUCCCGACGUUCUGGGCAAGCUUGACACUUGGGUGAAGAACGACGUGAAGAGCUUUGUUCUGGACUGCGAGACGGUUGCAUGGGACAUGGAAAACAAAAAGGUUCUUCCGUUCCAGCAAUUGAUGACCCGUAAACGUAAGGACGUGAAGGCCGAAGAUGUUAAGGUCAAAGUUUGCGUAUACGCCUUCGAUUUGCUGUUUUUCAAUGGAGAGCCUUGCGUAAAGAAGUCCCUCCGAGAACGUCGGGAGCUUAUGCACGAAUGCUUCCAACCCGUUGAGGGCGAGUUCCAGUUUGCCCAAUAUGGCAACUCCAAUGUCCUUGAUGAGAUCCAAGAAUUGCUCGAGGCCAGUGUCAAGGCCUCUUGUGAGGGUCUGAUGGUGAAAAUGCUGGACACGGCCGAGAGUGGCUAUGAGCCUAGCAAGCGCAGUCGCAACUGGCUGAAGGUCAAAAAAGAUUACCUCGCUGGUGUUGGUGACUCCCUGGAUCUUGUUGUCCUUGGUGCCUACCAUGGCCGUGGAAAACGUACUUCGGUCUACGGUGCCUUCCUUCUCGCUGCCUACAACCCCAACAGUGACACAUAUGAGACCAUCUGUAACAUUGGUACUGGUUUCUCCGAGGUGCUCCUCGAGGAGCUCCACUCCACGCUAGUACCCCUCGUCAUUGACCGCCCAAAGCCCUUCUACACACACUCUUCUGUCCCCAAGGACCAACCCGAUGUCUGGUUUGAGCCAAGACUGGUAUGGGAGGUGAAGACAGCAGAUCUAACUCUCAGUCCCCGUUACCAAGCCGCCGCCGAUGAGUUCCAAGGAACAACCGACGCUGGAAAGGGUGUGUCUCUGCGUUUCCCGCGUUAUAUCAAAUCUCGUGAUGACAAGAAGCCAGAUGAGGCCACCACCACCCGUGCCGUGGCUGAGAUGUAUCGGAAACAAGAAGCAGUUACCAAGGAGACCUCGGGCAAGGGAGGUGUGGACGAUGACUUUGAGUAUUGA